UCUACAACGCAGUAGCAAUUGUGAUUGGCGGACGAAAAGAUGUCUUUUUGAGGCUACGCGGCGGCGAGAUCAAGUGAAGAAUUUUUCUAAUUUAUGAGCAAAUUUUUGGGAGUUUUCGAACAGUAGUGUUUCGGUUUUGUUUAGUACUUAUGUUUUGUGCAGUUUUUCAAAUGUAAAAAAGAAAUAUUGGUAAUCUGCAACCAAUGGGAAAAUCUGCAAAUAAUAUAUUUUAUUUUGAAAAAAAAACUUUGUUAAAAAUAAACACAAAUAAGUGACGUAACAUUUUCCCUGCGAUAAGAGCUUUCGUGAAAGAGGAAAAUGAGAAUAUAAAUGCCGCUGUUUUGAAGAGAGUUUUUCAUUGCACUCAAGUAAACAAAUAAAUGUUUGUUUUUGUUUACAAUAUUGUGUUUGUAAACAAAUAGAAGUCACGUGCUUGGCGAUAAAUACCUAAAUAAUAACUUUAUUUCUACCUGACAUAGCAAAAUCAAUCAAUUGUAAAAUUAUAAAAUUGAUUAAUUUAUUUAUUUCAAUAACCGCUAUACAAGUCGGUGAUUUUGAGUAUGUCGAAAAAGUGUACCGUUCGUUCGCUCAGCGACAGCGCUCUGGCCGAGCUUGCCAAUCAGAUUGUUUCGACGAUCGGCUAUGCCAAAUACGCACCGGAUGUUGUGCUGGACAUCGACAUUGUGAUGGUCGACAUCAAUCAAUAUCUGGAACAGACAGGUGCCACCUGGUACGUAUAUCAGGAUCUGCUGCGCGUUAUACUCAGUUCCGACUAUUUGGAUGCCAACAUGCGAUUCACUUGCCUGCAAAUGCUGCUUAAUGGCAGUGUUGCCUUUUUGGUCACCGAGGUCUUUCCUUUUUCGUAUUAUGAAAAAAUUCUUCAAGUUAUUGCCGCCCAAGGAACCGGACUGCGUGUGCUCAACUUAAAGGGUGUGUGGGUCAAGGAGGAGCACAUGCAUUAUCUUUUCGAAAUCGUGCGUAAAUGUCAGUACUUGACGAAGCUCUUUGUGCCCUACAUUGCCAACGAUGAUCUACUGGAGGUAAUUGGCAAAUACUGUCGCCAGCUGCAGGUCUUAGACAUAUCUGGCGAAACAGAUAUUACCGAAAUCGGUGUGGAGUGCAUUAGUCACGGUUUGUGCAACGAUAAGCUAACGGUUGUGGAUAUUGGUAUGCCAGGGGAAGAGAAUAUAUGCUAUUCGGAUAUCGCACUCAUAUUGGAACACUGCCCCAAUGUUGAGACCCUGUCCACCUACUCCUUUGUCGGCGCUUCGCUUAAGUUCGUUCAUGACAAUAUUGACGAAGACUUUCGCUGUAAGCUACGCUAUUUACAUGAUACCGGCACCGAUGAGGAGACUUUGCGUAUUAUCAUGAAGACUUGCCCACACCUGGAGUCACUUUAUUUAGACACUCCAAAAGCGGGAGCGCUGAAAGUUCUCAAUAAUGUCUUCUUGAGGAAGCUGAAAAUCUACAAGUUUUCCUGCUCUGAACUAAUUGAGGUACUGGACAGAAUUGGUCACAAUCUUAGCCAUCUAACCAUGAUUAAGGGCGUAGGCUAUUUGGAGAUAAGUAAACUCGCACGAAUAUGCCCAAUGUUAAUAGACUUAGAUUGUUAUAUGAUGGAUGGACUCUCCUAUACGAAGGAUAUCAACCGGUUUGAGUGUUUGGAAGGUUUGGAAAUGCUGAGCAGCCCAAUGUCAAACAGUUCUCUAAAGAUGCUCAUCUGCAGUUGUCGACAGUUGAAGCGUUUGGCUGUGGACAGCAUUAGUUUUACAGAUGAAGAUAUUGUAAACGACUGCAGUGAAUUUGAGGGCGGCACGAAUUCCAAGAAUGCCAAAGAUGAAUGUUGAAUUGUUUCAAAAUGUGAUAGUAAAAUAAAGUUAUUAACUAUUGUAUAUGGUCAAAAAGUGAUAUUCAUAUAAAAAAUUAAAAACUUAAAUAAAUUUAACUAACACAUUUAA